AUGUCCAAACCUCACAAGUUGUUGAGGAAUCUCCAAGAUAGUAAAAUCGAAGGCGACGUCGAUCAACUAAGCCCUUUCGCAUCACCAAAGACGGCGAUGUUUGACAUAUUACGACGACGACGUUUGCGUGGUGGUGCAAACGCCCUGUUCAAGUUGCAAGAACAGUUUGAUCUUCUUCUCCUUUCGCCAAAUCUUUCUCCGCAUGAUGUCGUCAAACCCACUCACUUUGCUGCCACAUGCUUUGCGAAUGGAGAUCGCCUGACCAGGGGCUCGAAAGAUGGGAUCAGGGAUCCAUCCAGUUUGAACAGCUAUCCAUACAUCGAAUCCUUCACAAACAAGGCUACCCGGAACUUCAAGAUCUCGAUCCAGGAUUUGCAAGCUAGUGCAGUUAGCGGUCUCCUUAGAACGAUCUCUCAGCCCUCACAGCGUGAAGGAUCCGGGGGAACAAUCCUGGUUGAGCUGAAAACUACUUGGAACUAG